UCUAUGGUUUUAGAAACAAAAAAUGAAUAAUGCUUUAGAGAAAAUAUAUACAACAUCUGUCAAAAUAACAGAAAGUUAAUACAAAUAAAAUUAUCAUGAGAUUGCUAUAUAAUAUUCAAUUUACCACCUUAUGGAAAAAAUGUAUAUACAAUAAUCCAAUAAACACGUGUUACUUGUAUACGUAGUAUACUUCAUAUGUAAUAGGAACAGUACGAUUUUGCAAAUAGUUUUAAUUGUAUUUGUGUAGAUUUUAUCGUGCUAAAAUUUUUAUUCACUUUCUACAUGAAUCACGUAAGCUGACGAAAAAGAAGAAAUCCAUGAAACAGUAUACAUCGAAAUGAUUGAGUUAUGUACAAAAAAACGAAUGUUAAUUGGCAUAACAUUAUUAGGAGGAUUAACAAUAUUGGUAUUAAUUGUUGAAAGUCAUUGGACUGAUAAUUCUAAUAAACUUUAUUUGGAGAAUUUUGAAAAUAAUACAAGAUGUGUUUCCGGAGAUGAAUAUGAAAUAACAUCAGAAUGUCAUCCAUGUUCUGCUUUUGAAAUAGCAAGUAAAAGUAUCGAUGUGUGCAUUCAUGCCAGAUACAAGGAAGUUUUAAAAUGUAAAAGUGGAGAAGCUAUAACAAGAAGUUGUGACAGGGUAGCUUGGUUAGAAGAAAGAGCAUUUUGGAAGUUUGAAGCAUUUAUGUUUCUUUUGGCAUUAACUUCAUGUAUUAGUGUUUAUUGGAGAGAAAAUGUGCUGAGACAAAGGAUAAUAAGAAAAGUGGCUAGACAAUUAAGAGCUAGCGUAUAACUAGCAUUUGAUAAAUAGCUUUUUUUAUUUCUUUUAUUCAUGUUAUGAACUUUGGGAUAAUUCAAAAAAAUGAAUGAAGCUUAUUUAGAAGUAUAUUCUUUGAAAGAAUUAUGUCUAGCCCCUAUAGAAACAAUAAUAACAUUGUUUACUGUAAAAUAUUGUGAAUCUAAAAUUAAUAUUAAGCUUGUACCAAGUAAACAAAAACUUCUUGAACGAGCAUACACUAUAGAUAUUUCCACUUUUGUAUAUGAAAUAAUAGAUUUAAAUAAAAUUCCAUAUCCUGCAAUUUCAUGUGAAUUGCCAAUUAUCGUUAUAAAUAAAGCUAGUUGCAUCGCAGGUCUUUGCGCGAUAUUACGACAAAUAAUUAAAGAUGUCGCGGCAGAAUGCCCAACACAUUAUUGUCGGAAAUUGUUAGGAUUCAAAGAUUCUUGUCUAACCGCUUGUUCAGAAGCAAGUGUUUGGACGAAAUUUUGCGAAGUAGAUUUAAUUCUGACUGUAAAAUUUUUACAUACGGAUGAUGCAAUGCAAAAUAAAUUGCCUUCCAGUAUGGCAAGAUUUGAGCGACAUUUGUCGCAACCAGUUAGAUUACACAAUCUGUAUAAAUAUAUUAUGUCUAAAAAAUAUUCAGAUGAAAAUAUAAUUUCGCAAAACGGAACACUAGAACAUACAUAUGCUGAAGGUUCAUACAUGACCUUGGCAGAUAUAAUUAUAUUUGUAUGUACUCAUAUUUUAUUAACUGUAUUUUCGAAUGAAACAGUAAUGAAAUUACUUCCAUUGACUGAUAAAUGGUACAAAAGAAUGCUUAAAAAUCAAAUUAUAUCCAAUUGUCUUGAAUGUUUGCCAUUGUUAAAAAAUCAAGAUAUAAAUAAGUUCAAUUAUACACUUCCUGAUGUAGCAAAUGAAAGUCUGCAUCAAAGAUAUAAACCAAAAAAUCGAAUUUAUACAAAGCAAGAAGAUGUGGAGCACUCGUUACGAUUAUUCAAAACCUUAAACAUACAAACUAAAUUCGAUUUGAAACCAUUUGGUGCGGAAUUAGAUCUUGAUUGGUCUUUAGUUCCAUAUGAUGCCACUCCAGAAGGUGGUUCUUUGCCACCUUCGCGUUUAGAAAAGAAGCAUGAGCAAUUACAAAAUAUGUGUAAGCCUGUUAUAAAAUUGGCAAAAAAAGGAGAUAUAAUUGUAGAUUUUUGUUCUGGUAGUGGUCAUUUAGGUAUCUUAGUUGCGCAUCUUUUGCCGUAUUGUACUAUAAUAUUAUUAGAAAAUAAGGAGAAAUCGUUGAAUAGAGCUAAAGAAAGAGUGAAUAAAUUAAAAUUAUCAAAUAUAAAAUUUUAUCAAUGUAAUUUAGACUAUUUUAAAGGUCACUUCGACAUUGGUAUGUCAUUACAUGCAUGUGGAGUCGCAACUGAUUUAGUUAUAAAACAAUGCAUCAAAGAAAAAGCUAUCUUCGUAUGUUGCCCUUGCUGUUAUGGAUCAUUGCAUAAUUGUGAUCAUUUGAAAUAUCCAAGGAGUGAUAUUUUUAGGGAUGAAAUAGAUAAGGAAAGUUAUAUAAUUCUCAGUCACGCUGCUGAUCAAACUCACGAUGAAAAAAAUAUCAAAACAAAUCAGGGAUACGAAUGUAUGACUAUUAUCGAUACUGAUAGAAAACUACAGGCUGAACAAUGUGGUUAUAGAGUGUAUCUUUCUAAAUUCAUACCGAACACAUGUACACCAAAAAAUCAUAUAUUAGUAGGUAUUCCUAAAAAAGAAAAUGUUGAAUCUGUAAGUUAAUUGUGUGUUACAUAUUUACGAUUUAUAUAUUUAUGAUAAUUUUGAAUACGAUUCGAUUUGAAACUAUUCUUGUUAUUAAAAUGAACAAUUUUCAAUAAAGAUACGUUUACUUACCUAAAAAAUAAA